AUGUUCGGCGUAGAGCGAAGUACCGUUUCGAAAGUGUUGCGCCAGAAGGAGAAAUACUUGUACCAGGACGAUGGUAGCCGAUCACCCAUAAAAAGGUCGAAAGGCAAAUUCCCGGAUAUCGAACGUGCCUUGUCGAAUUGGGCACGAAACCAUCAGAAACAGGGAGCACAGCUGUCAGAUGCUCAGAUCCGAGAGAAGGCCCGCUUCUUCGCUCAGACCGUCGGCAACUCGGAGAGCCACCUCAAGGUAAAUAGUGCGAGCUGGUUGGAAAAGUUCAAGCAAAAGAAUCACCUCAGUGGUGCAAGGUCACGAAAGACUUCGAUAGCAGAAGAGUCGGAGGGGACUUCGAAUCCGCCAUCCAAUGUGCAUACCCCGGGGGCCAUCUCGCCUACCUCACCUGGUGGGAUAUCUCCAGCGACAACGACCAUGACAGCGAAGAAGAGUCAGGAAAAUCUCAAGACAGAAAGCCCAGACACAUACGACUUUUCGAACCAUCGCCGACCCUUCCACUCACAGAGCAGUACGUCUUUGUCAAGCGUCUUCACGGAUACAGCCACAAGCCCCACGUCGCUUUCUUCGCCUUUCUUCACGCCUGAUUCAGCAUGCGGCCCGAGUCCAUUCAUGGGAAGCCGCCAGCCUGCGAAUGGACAGCCAGGGAACAACAACUUCCAAAGGCCCCGAAGCCAAACCUUCCCCAUGCUUGUUGGUGUUGAGCAGUACAUGUCACCACCUGGCUCAUCUGAUGAUAUCACUCCCAAGUACGUCAGUAGCGGUGCACUUGAUUCGCCCAUGACCGAGAUGCCUGGUACACUGCCAGUCAUUGAGGAAGGAAUGUCGCUUUCACCUACCCAGAUGCCCAAUUCGAUGCAGCCCCCUCCUCUCCCAGGUUCCAUCGACGACAAAGGCUCAUCAGCCGACUCCUCGCCCAUCACACCGUCCCAAGAAGAAGCUGCACGCGCUCUCGAGCUCGUCAUGACCUUCUUCCAGUCACAGAACGCCGGUUUCGUCGUGGAGCCCCAGGAGUAUGUCACCAUUGGCAAGCUGAUGGAGAAGCUACGAAUCAAGCGCAGCUCCGAGAGCCUUCCUUCCGAGAUGCGACGUGUGUCAGAGCCCAACUUCACAACGGCCAAGCUCGAAAGCGUCGACGCGAUCCAUUAG